CUAAUCGUCUCAAUUCCUCUCUACCAUGGCCAUCAAAUUCCUUUCACUAGUGGUUAUCUUCUUAUUUACAGAAAUCUCGAAUUCGCAACUUCCAGAUGAACCGAAGUUUGCAUUCAGUUGGUUGGAUGAUAAGAGCAAGUUCCAGGCAGGCGAAAUUGCGGCUAUAAUAAUCAAAGUUCUGGGCAAUUUCGACGAAAAAGGGAACAAGUCGUUAGGACAAAGAGCAUUUAAGCCGACCGUCAGUGUUAAUGGUAAAACUGGGAACAGUUCUUACAUCUCUGGAGUUUCGCUGGAUCUCGGUGACGAUGUCAGCACUUGGAAGAUAACUUUUUGUCCGAUCAUGGUCGGUGUGUUCAGUGUGGUUAUAGAUGAUGAGAAUUUCAAAGUUCUGGAUUCAUCCCUCCAUUUUGAAGUCGAACCAGGGUUACUUCACCCAUCCGUUUGUGUUACUUCUUGGAUGGGGCUUAUGAAUAUUUUCGAAGCUGGUAUGAACGUAUCGAUCUUGAUUCUUCCCAACGACGCGUUUGGAAACAACAUUUCGUUAGUCGGGAAGGACGCAGAUUGGCAGGGGUUUUCCCUUUCGAUCCUCUAUAAUAACGGAUCGUUUGCCGCCUCGCCCAAUGUCACGCACAUCGGUUGGAUUGAGUCUGGUAAUAUCGUAGUGGAAUUCGUUCUUGUGACGGCAGGAAACUUCUUAUUGCUUGUGGAAAGGGAACACCAGACCUUGAAUGGUGCUCCUCUUCCUUUCGAGGUGAAGCCAGGCCCUUUGGAAGUCUCGAACUGCGUGGGCAAAUGGAAGUCGGAGCUAAACACAUGGCAGAUAUUCUCCAAGAUGGAAAUUCUUCUGCACCAGAAAGAUAGGUUUGGGAAUCUUGUUUCGGGAGUCUAUGAAUUUGAUGCCGACGUUGUAGAAAAGGAGACAGGCCUUUCUGUACCGUUAGUAGAUCUGCAAUUCGAGUAUGUGGAACCGGGGAUCCAGCUGUUGUCUUUCACCAUGUCUGAACCCGGAAGCUUCUUGCUCACAAUGUCUGAUAUGAAUCACAACAAGAGCAUUUCUAGUAUGCCGUAUGCUUAUACCGUAUAUGUCGGCUAUUGUGAUGGAUCGAGAAGUGUAGUCAAUGGUUCAGGGAUCAACGACUCUGUCGCCGGAGAGUCUGUAGGGUUUUCCGUUUACUUGAAGGAUGCUUAUGAUUAUCUCUCAGCCACUGAUGUGGACAAACUUCAGGUUCAGAUUAUAAGAGAGAACGAUUCCUCUUACAUAUUGCCAAUAAUACAACCAAGAGAAAUCCUCAACGGUACCAACGUCACAAGGAGUCCGUUAAUAGGAACUGUAUCCGACAUUGAAGCAUAUAGAGGCAAUGAUUCAGACAGUCGAAUAGUUCAAACCAGCAUAUUUGACGUAAAUUAUACUCCAAAAAGCAUUGGAAUUUAUAAAACCUUUGUAUCCUGUGGAAACAUAGGUCUGAAUGGAGGUAAACCGUUCACAAAGGAAGUAAAAGCAGGUGAAGUAAAUGUUCUGGAAUCUAGUGUGACUCAAUUCAAUGCCAAAGUGCCAAAGCAAAUCAAGAAUGAAUUGGUGGUGCUGUUAUUGGACAACUUCUAUAAUCCUGUGCUUUCGCAGUCAUCUCGGUUGAAGUUAGAGAUCACCUCUGCUAACACAUCAGGUUUUACUACAUGGCCUUUCGUCGAUAAUCAUGACGGGACAUACACAGGUAGCUAUCUGGUCAUGGAGGUUGGUACUUACCGGAUGUGUGUAAUCUUCGACAAUGCCCAUAUCCGGCCUUGCCCCUUUGAUAUAAAUGUCUAUAGUGGUGAAUACUUCCCGAAGGCCUAUGAUGAUACGGUAAAUGUAUGGGAGGACGAAUCAAUUGCUUUUGAUGCACUAGGAAACGAUUAUUUCGCUGGUGAAAAUGCGAGCAUUCUUGAUUUCUCACAUCCAGGUCAUGGUUCACUUCUGCGAUACGGAAGGCUCCUUAGAUACACACCUUUCAAGGAUUUUUCAGGAAACGACUUGUUUGUUUACACGAUAUCCGAUGUGAAUGGGAACUUAGCUACAGCUGCAGUAAACAUCUCAGUUCUUACUGCUCCUCCUCAGUUUGCUUCGUUUCCCAGCGGAUUGCAAGCAACCGAAGAUCUAAUUAGUCCAAGAUUCGGUGGGUUUUCAGGGUUGGAGAUACGGUACUCUGAUCUGCUGGAGAACAUUUCAGUGACUCUGUCUGCAUUGUCGGGAACUGUCUUCUUGUCUCCAAUGGUGAUGCAAUUCAGACAGCAAACGAGUGAAAAUCUUUCGGUUAGCAACGGAGGUCAAGAUGAGAAGCUUUUGAUCUUACAAGGCCAAAUAGGAUCAAUCAAUCUCGCACUUCAGUCCAUUCAAUAUCUCGGAGAUGAGAACUUUGCUGGUGUCGAUUCUCUGCGGUUAUCCACAACAAACAAGAAUGGGAUAAACGAAGUAGAUGUCCCAGUUUUUGUGGAACCCGUCAAUGAUCCUCCAUUUAUUAACGUUCCUGAGUAUAUAAUGUUGAAAAGCAAUGGGGAUGAAUCCCUCAUUUUUGACCGGGAAGCAGACAAGUUCGAGUUCUCGGUUGGAGAUCCUGAUCUUUCUAACUUUCCGGGAGGUGAAUCUAACUUCCUGGUAGUGUUCUCUGUGGAAGUCACUGAUGGAUUUCUGCUGACAAGUCUACCGUCCGAGCUUAUAAACUCAACAGAGCUAAAGUUCAUGAACACUUUCCGAUGGCAGCUGCUUCAGACUUACGCAGCUAUCUCUAAACACGUAAAGAUCAAAGCCAGAGGGAUUAGAUUCCGCGGAACGAUCAAAGACUGUAAUGACGCAUUGCAACAGUUGUUCCAUCAGGGCGGGGAGAAUGGGGCGGUCUUGACAUUGAAACUGAACGAUAUGGGGAAUUACGGAUGCUAUCUGGACUACGACGAGAGAAUUUCAUUGCCUCUGCAGGCAGAAGCUCGCGUAAAACUUAUAAGGAAGAUACCCUUGAGCUCCCUUGCAGCCCACGUUCUGGGAUCGGCCAUUGUACUGGAAUCUCUCAUCGUGUUCUCCCUCGGUAUUCUGCUUCUGUUCUUCACUUGCAAAUACGCUUAUCUUCUCGCUGUCGAGAGAAGAAAAGAACGCUACGCUCUGAAUAAUCCUCAAGAACGAACGGUAAAUGCAGAUGUAGCUCACGACGAAACACGUCUCAUCGGGUGUCUCCCAGAGAGUUUAUGGAAUCAUCAUCGAUAUCCUACCACGCCGCAAAGCUCCGGUAAUAAAUCCGGCGAGCAGAUUCAACAGUCGCCGGAGAUAAAAGUUGUGCCGUUGGAGAUAAUGAAGGGCUAAAAUGUCACGAGAUCUAAGUGAUCAUGUCUUUGCUCAAUGUAUUGUAUCACAUUAAUUACUAUGAAAUAUGCUUCCUUUUUUUAACGUAUAUAAUAAUUCUAUAGGAAAAAGCAAAGAUUUUUUUUUGUUGUCAUAUUAUUGUAACUAUUUCCCUCAUUGCAAGACGAGACUUUUUU